AUGGAUGUUGGUGACAAUGUGGAAAAAGAGCAACAUUACUAUGAUGAAAGCUAUGAACUAUUCCUGCCCCCCCAGCAAAUGUACAUGUAUACAAAACAGGUUUUCAUAUUAUUAGUUCACGAGGUUUGUGGACUCCAUGGCUUCCAUCUCAGUGGUACAGUAACUGAGCCGGCUACCACUUCUGAACCAGCAGUGACUUACAAAGUUGCAAUCAGUUUUGACCGAUGCAAAAUCACCUCAGUGACAUGUGGCUGUGGGAACAAAGAUAUAUUCUACUGUGCUCAUGUGGUGGCACUCUCACUCUACAGGAUCCGUAAACCAGAGCAAGUCAAAUUGCGUCUUCCUAUCUCAGAAACCCUUUUCCAGAUGAAUAGGGACCAGCUACAGAAGUUUAUUCAAUAUUUAAUCACGGCACACCACACUGAAGUUCUUCCUACUGCGCAGAAACUGGCAGAUGAGAUUCUAUCCUCCAACUCAGAAAUCAACCAAGUGAAUGGUGCCCCUGACCCCACAGCUGGGGCCAGCAUUGAUGAUGAGAACUGUUGGCAUUUGGAUGAAGAACAGGUGAAAGAACAAGUGAAACUCUUUCUCUCCCAGGGUGGUUACUAUGGCUCUGGAAAGCAACUCAAUUCAAUGUUUGCUAAGGUUCGAGAGAUGCUGCGGAUGAGAGAUUCCAAUGGAGCCAGGAUGCUGACGCUGAUAACUGAGCAGUUUAUGGCUGACCCACGACUCACACUCUGGAGGCAGCAAGGAACAAGCAUGACAGAUAAGUGCAGGCAGCUCUGGGAUGAGCUAGGGGCCUUAUGGGUAUGCAUCAUUUUAAAUCCACAUUGCAAACUGGAAGAAAAAUCCUGUUGGCUGCAGCAACUGCAGAGGUGGAGUGACCUGGAUGUCUGUCCCCUGGAGGAUGGGAACUAUGGGCAUGAGCUACCCAACAUCACCAAUGCACUUCCCCAGAAUGCCAGUCACAGCCCAGACUCCUUAUCCAGACCAAGACGAACAGUGUUCACUAGAGCCAUUGAGGGCCGUGAAUUACAUUGGCAGGACAGCCAUUUACAGCGAAUAAUAAGCAGCGAUAUAUAUACAGCUCCUGCCUGCCAGCAGGAAAGCGAGAGACUACUCUUUAAUUCCCAAGGCCAGCCACUGUGGCUUGAGCAUGUGCCUACAGCCUGUGCUCGGGUUGAUGCCCUGCGUUCCCAUGGUUAUCCAAAAGAGGCCCUCAGACUCACAGUGGCCAUUAUCAAUACUCUGAGGUUGCAGCAGCAACGGCAGCUGGAAAUCUACAAGCAUCAGAAGAAAGAACUGUUACAGAGAGGAACCACAACCAUCACAAACCUGGAAGGUUGGGUGGGCCACCCACUGGAUCCCAUUGGCUGCCUGUUUCUCACUUUGACUGAGGCCUGCCGUUUGAACGAUGAUGGCUAUCUGGAAGUGUCAGAUAUGAAUGAAAGCAGACCCCCUGUGUACCAGCAUGUACCUAUGGCUACAGGCUGCCCAAACAGCCAUGAAUCCUACCUGUCAUUGGCCCUGGAAGUUGCUCUGAUGGGGAUGGGUCAACAGAGGGUGAUGCCUGAAGGCCUCUACGCACAGGACAAGGUGUGCCGUAAUGAGGAGCAGCUCCUAAGUCGACUUCAGGAGCUACAGCUGGACGAUGAGCUAGUGCAAACACUGCAGAAACAAUGUAUCUUACUACUGGAAGGGGGCCCCUUCAGUGGUUUAGGAGAAGUCAUUCACCGAGAGAGUGUUCCCAUGCAUACCUUUGCCAAGUAUUUGUUCUCAGCUCUACUGCCUCAUGAUCCAGACCUGUCCUAUAAAUUAGCCUUACGUGCCAUGAGGUUACCUGUUCUAGAAAGCUCAACUUCUACAGGAGACACUUCUCACCCUCACCAUAUGGUGUCUGUGGUGCCCAGCCGUUAUCCUCGCUGGUUCACGCUUGGACACUUGGAAUCACAGCAGUGUGAACUGGCCUCCACCAUGCUGACCGCUGCCAAAGGGGACACUCUGAGGCUCCGGACAAUUCUGGAAGCAAUACAGAAGCACAUCCAUUCUUCCUCCCUCAUCUUCAAACUGGCCCAAGAUGCAUUCAAGAUUGCUACUCCCACAGACAGUAGUACUGACAGCACCCUGCUCAACGUGGCUCUGGAGCUGGGGUUACAGGUGAUGAGGAUGACCUUAUCAACUCUUAACUGGAGGCGCCGGGAGAUGGUGCGGUGGUUGGUAACAUGUGCUACAGAAGUGGGUGUGCGGGCCUUGGUGAGCAUUUUGCAGAGCUGGUACACACUCUUCACUCCCACUGAGGCUACUAGCAUUGUGGCUGCCACAGCUGUAUCCCACACCACUAUCCUGCGCCUCAGUCUUGACUAUCCACAGCGGGAGGAGCUAGCUAGCUGUGCUCGCACGCUGGCUCUACAGUGUGCCAUGAAGGAUCCACAGAGCUGUGCCCUGUCAGCCCUUACACUCUGUGAGAAAGACCACAUCGCCUUUGAGGCAGCCUACCAGAUCGCCAUUGAUGCUGCCACUGGUGGCAUGACGCAUUCACAACUAUUCACCAUUGCUCGCUACAUGGAGCUCCGUGGCUACCCGCUACGUGCCUUCAAAUUGGCCUCUCUGGCCAUGAGCCAUCUCAACCUGGCCUACAACCAGGAUACCCAUCCGGCCAUCAAUGAUGUGCUCUGGGCGUGUGCCCUCAGCCACUCUCUGGGCAAGAAUGAGCUGGCGGCCCUCAUUCCCCUUGUGGUGAAGAGUGUGCACUGUGCCACAGUGCUUUCAGACAUCUUGCGGCGUUGCACAGUGACUGCACCUGGCCUGGCUGGUAUCCCAGGCCGCCGCAGCUCUGGAAAGCUCAUGUCCACUGACAAAGCUCCACUCCGCCAGCUGCUGGACGCCACCAUCAAUGCCUAUAUCAACACUACACACUCACGCCUGACACACAUCAGCCCUCGCCACUACGGAGAGUUCAUUGAGUUUCUGAGCAAAGCUCGGGAGACCUUCCUGCUGCCCCAGGAUGGCCACCUGCAGUUUGCCCAAUUCAUCGACAACCUCAAACAAAUCUACAAAGGCAAGAAGAAGCUGAUGCUGCUGGUACGAGAGCGCUUUGGCUGA